UUAUAUAUCGGCAAUGUCGGGCGUUUAUGAAUAAAGUAUCUCUCAGCAAUGGAAAAAAAGUGAAGAUCAAAAUAUGAGUUGUAAUUAUGCUGAGGGCUUAUCACCGUAUGAGCAUAAAGGAGUACUUGGAGUUCCGGAAAUUUUUGACAGCAGUGAUAUUGUGGAAAAGAAAUGCAAGCAACUGGCUACAUUAAUUACAGAAUCAAAACAUGUUGUUGUACAUACGGGUGCUGGUAUCAGCACUUCUGCAGGAAUUCCGGAUUUUAGAGGUCCUAAAGGCGUUUGGACUCUCGAGAAAAAGGGCGAGAAGCCUGCCUUAAAUAUAUCGUUUGAUGAUGCGCAGCCCACUUUGACGCAUAUGGCAUUAUUAGCUUUGGUUGAACAUGGCUAUGUCCAGUACAUCGUGACACAAAAUAUCGACGGAUUGCAUUUAAAAUCUGGACUAAGCCGCAGAAAUUUGGCAGAAGUGCAUGGAAAUAUGUUUAUAGAACAAUGCCGGAAAUGCAGACGACAGUUUAUUUGCCCUACAGCAUCUAAAACAGUGGGUCAGAAGACAAUGGGGUACCCGUGUCAGUCGGGUUUGGAUGGCAAUAGCCGUAGCUGCCGCUCUGGUAUUUUGCAUGAUACCGUUCUAGAUUGGGAAGACAACUUACCGGAGCCAGACUUUCAACUAGCAUUAAUGCACUCCACUAUGGCCGACCUAAAUAUAACGCUAGGUACAACCCUGCAAAUUGUUCCCAGUGGCAAUUUGCCUUUGAAAAAUUUAAAAACCGGCGGAAAGUUGGUUAUAUGUAACCUGCAACCCACAAAACAUAACAAGCAUGCUCAUCUUAUUAUUUCAACCUACACUGACCAAAUAUUGAGCAAAUUAUGCAAACUUAUUGGAGUAGAAAUACCAAAAUAUUCGGAAGCGUGUGAUCCAACAAAGUGCUUCACGUAUUUAGAGUGGGCCCUUUCGCAAGACUGUAUCAAAUCUUUGGAAAAAACGUUUAAGGAACACCAGGCUGCAAUAAGAAAGGAUUGCCAUCAACUUCAAGUUCCUAAAUUCAUGCCAAAAGCCAAAAAAAGAAGAAAAUCGGAAACAUAGCGUAAACAAUGCAUACAAAAAUUCCCAGAUGAUGCAAUCUAUCGAGAAAUAAAUAAAAUUGAUAUCUUAA